ACUUUAUUCUAUUUACAAAUAUCUUUUUCUAUUACAGAAACCAUUUACAACGAAAAUGCCGUGCUGCAAAGUAACUAUCAAUAAGACCAGUAGCUGCGACAUGAAGUGCGAUAAGUCGGGAUGCUUUUGCAUUCCAUCAAAUGGCAAGAAUUGUAUUUACGUGUGUCUAGAUGAACAAGAUAACAUCAUUCGAUGCGAUGAUUGUAAAUGCGACAGUUGUAAUUGCAACUGUGAAAAAAGUAAGUGCGUGUGUAUUCCAACAGACGGAAAAACUUGCGUUUGCGUGUGCCGCGAUGGAGAAACUAUCAAGCGUUGCAAUGAUUGUGCGUGUACAUCAGAUUGUGGAACUGAUUCUAAGAUGUGUGACAAGAAUGGCUGCGAGUGCAUCGCAACUGAUGGAAAGGCGUGUAUUUGCGUUUGCCUUGAUGCCACUGGCAAUGUCAUUCGUUGUGACGACUGCCAGUGUGACAAAUCUCCCUGCAAAUGCAAUAAGUCGGGAUGUGUUUGCAUCCCAACUGACGGAAAAACUUGCGUUUGCGUGUGCCGCGAUGGAGAAAAUAUCAAGCGUUGCGAUGAUUGUGCGUGUACAUCAGAUUGUGGAACUGAUUCUAAGAAGUGUGACGAGAAUGGCUGCGAGUGCAUCGCAACUGAUGGAAAGGCUUGUAUUUGCGUUUGCCUUGAUGCCACUGGCAAUGUCAUUCGCUGUGACGACUGCCAGUGUGACAAAUCUCCCUGCAAAUGCAAUAAGUCGGGAUGUGUUUGCAUCCCAACUGACGGAAAAACUUGCGUUUGCGUGUGCCGCGAUGGAGAAAUUAUCAAGCAUUGCGAUGAUUGUGCGUGUACAGAUUGUGGAAAAGACUGAAACAUGUAACAUGAAUAAUUGUAAGCUAUA